AAUUAUUUCUAUUUGGUGUGUUUGAUACGGUUUACGAUUUUUGUUGGUGAAAUUGCGAAAUCGCUUUUAGAGUUUAUUUGUCAGACAGAUUGUCUGUUUAUGUUGCCUUUACCUUGCCCCAAUUAUUAUAGUGUUUUGUAUUUUACCUAAUUUGCGACAUGUUGCAAAUGGCUGCCUAUAAUCGCUGACGUGCAAAUGUUUUUAGCUAACUUUUCGGUAUCGUCAAUGCAAUUGUAAUUGGUAUAUCAUAUUUAAUGUCGUUCAUUAACAUAUUCCGAAAAGUGCAAUUUAAUUUUUUGCCGUCGUUUUCGUUUAAUCGUGUGAACAAUAGAAUUUUUAUCGUGAUAAGCAGAGUAGUGUUGAAUUGAAUGACGUUGCAAUUCACGAAUUUGAUACAUACAACAUAAUUGAAUGCAAAAUCGUUGCCUGUUUUUUUGUGUUUUUUGUUAUAAUCACGUGGAAGCUUCUGUUUCGCGAUUAGACGAUGGACAACUUAAGGCCCUUUUGGACGAAGCUAUUACUUAUAAGUCACCAAAGGACAGAGUUGGCAAAAGCCAACUCUUUCAGAAUCUUUUAGCGAAAGCGGAAGAGGAUGACAGGAAGGCUCGCGCGACGAGUGCCAGCGGUUCCGAGCUCGUGCGCCAUUACAAUCGGUCAGCAACACGCCGGAAUCGUCAUUGCAAAGAUCAGAACAAUUACUCGAUCGCGGAAAAUGUCGCCCACGGCGGCAGCCUCAACAAUCUCGCCAAGGACGAACUUUACAAUGCCACAAUCAACCCCCUGUAUCGUCCCCCGAAAACUGUCAGCGCGAGACAACGACAAGGGGGUAGCUUGCCGUGCAACGUGAACGCAGGUCUAACGCCGACGUUUUUCGAAGAGACGCGCAAAAUGAAAGAAUCUAAUCAGCAGCAACUGGAAUACACAGCUAUCGACAUGGAGUCCGAAAGCCUUCUCGAGCAUGAUUCUUUGAAUCAGGACUAUGCAGAACAAGAAAUGGAGAUGCAACCGAAAUUUUCCCGUCAAUACACCAGCAGAGCCACCAUCGAAAUCGCUCCAAAGACUUCAUGUGGUGUUUUAAAUUCCUCGUCCAACGUGGAUGAUGCCGUGAUGGUAUCGGCACUGGAGCGUUGCGAAAAGACGUCGGCGUCACUGAUGGAGUCGGUAGAUAAAUCGUCACGUGUAGAUUCAUCGACGUCGCUGGUGCCGGCGGCGUCGUUGGGGUCGUCGGCAUCGAUGGCCGCGACGGCAGCCGCCGCGGCCGCAGUCUAUCCCACUAACUACACUUUCGUCAACGUGCCGGCCAGCAAUUGGACCUGCAACAAGAAACCGACAGAGGAGAAAUUGCUUUUUUAUUUCAAGAAGGUCGACGAGAACGGAAACGCUCUGGGACAGGGCGCGGGCGCCGGUUUAACCGCUACCGCCGUCGCCGGUGAUGCGAAAAAGAACAAAAAGAAGAAAUUACAGACAGACAAAAAUGUACGCGUGCUGGCUGGAAAAGACGUCGAAGGUCACCGUAGCGACAUAAUUCACGACGUUGACAAACUUAUCGAAUACAUUGGAGGUGAAGAGGAGGUCAACAAAUCAACCAGCAGUAAGUCGAAGAGCGGCAGUGGCGGCGGCAACGUUCACAAAACGAAACUUAAUAAACAACACGCCAGUAAUGAAGAAAAAGGGGGUGGUAGCGGUAGUGGAGGAGGCGGAUCGUCGAAAAAGCAACGUGUACGGGCCAAGAGCAAGGGCGAGAAUUUGCAAAAGAGCAGCUCGAUGGAGGAGAUAUCCAGUACGAAGUUGGAAGAUUUUGACAGUGACGGGACCAAGGUACCUCUCAGGAAUACCAAGAGCAACGUCGACAGGCCCAGGGAACGUCGGUCGUGGGGAAAUUCAGAUACCGGUAUGGAUUUCGAACAAAUUCAAAAUCUACAAAUUUAUCCGAACGCGUCAGCGGAGAAUUUGGAGACGGCGGAUUUCCACGUUGUGACGAAGAAGAAAAAGUCUAAGAAACGUAGGAACAACUCGUUGAGCGGUCGUCGUCAGAUGUUGCACGGGGGGCGCGAAUCUGGUGAUGAUGACUUCGGACGUCGUCGGUCGCCCGAGCCUCGUAAAUCGGCACGUUCGGUGCCGCAGAGCGAAAAGUCAAACGACUCUUCGGACGAUGAAGAUCGCGACUCUGUACGAUCGUUACCGGUUACGUCCGAUCGUAUUAGCUGCAGUAAUCAUGACGACGACGACGAUCUCAACGUGCCCGUCUCGUACGCUGACAUUGCGCGGAACAGCGGCACCGCAGGAGUGGCGACUGCGCAAGAGCAACAGCGACCGCGUUGGAAUCGUCCGCCGAGCGAACGCAGACAAAUGGCAAACGCAACCGUUUCACAGCCACUCGUUAUCGUCGAGAGGCUUGGAGGAGGAAUGACGAUGGACGAAGAGGUUAGGAAGCAGUCGCCCGAAAAAACUAAACAACAAGACAUCGUACACAACCCCAAAUCGCCCCCCGAUGUCAACAGUCUUCAGAAUUGGCCCACGAUUACCAACAAUAAUAAUGUCAUUAAUAAUAACAACAACAAUAAAGUAGUGUGUACGACGAUUUCAGCGACAACCGUAACUCCUGAUGGCGGUGGCGCUAAAGAAAGAUCAAGCGCAAACGUCGCUGCCAAUAAACAGAAGAACAUAACGAACGCCAAAAACAUUAAGAAUAAUAACAACAGUAGUAGUACCAAUCAUUUCGUAACGCCGCCGCCUUCAAUCAAAGACAACAAAACUAAUAAAACAUACAACAAAUACUCGGAACCAAUGCAGAUGAUAAGGAACAGCAGUGAAAUGAUGAAUAACGCAUCUAAUCUGCCCCACGAUGUUCCCGACGUGCAGACAAUUGAGAAAAUGCAUUUGCAAAACGUGUACGCCGCAUCCGUAACAACUCGCCACGACAACAACGUUUUACUUGGCGCGCAGAAAACAUUCAGUCCUCCACAACAACAACAACAACAUCACUUCCAUCAGUCUGUGCGACACAAUGCGCAUGCUCAACACCAACAGCAACAAAUUCAUCAACAACAGUAUGGACAUGUGUCGAAAACGUCACCCGCUGCUGCUGUAGUGGUACGCGCGCCCUCGCAGAACGUUGAACCGCCAGUCGUGAUGGCAACGGCAACUGCUGCUCCAACUAACGUUGGCGUCGUUGUUCCGCCCGCUGCAGCGAUUGUCUGUUGUGAUUCUUCAAAUAACAUUAAAAGAACAGCAACAAUGGUCGUUGUGGAGGGCGGAGGCGCGGCCGCGACCGCACCUAUUAUUGUACCAGUUAGCGUUGCUCCUCCUCCACCUCCCGAAGACUGUGAUAGGCCGUUGCGCGGCAACGGCGGUAGUAGUGGUAGUAGUCGGAGGACUAACGUGCGGCCCGCGGUCGUGAUAUUAAGCGGUAACGCGUCGAAAGGAGCCGAAGUGUCCGGUUUAACGUUCGGGUUUGAAGUAAACGAGCAACUGCUGAGCGAUGAUGUGUGCGAAAGGUUCGCAGCGCGAUUCGUCGCCCCCCAGCACGAUGUCUAUAGGAACCAUCAGCGGCACGGAUACGAGAAAAUUGUUAAUUUUAUCGGGAAAUCCUGGGACGAAAUAGUUAAUCAAAUGGAUGACAAAGUGAAAUACUAUAGUGACCAAUUAUAAUAUUAUAGGAAACAACACUGAAUCCCGCGGUCGUUCGAGUGUCGUUUCGAACGAACUAAGCUAGUCACAUGUUUUUUGCGAAAAAAUUCUCUUAUUAAUUUAUCGGAAGCGACUUUGUUUUCUUUUUUUUUUUAUUAUUAUCAUCAUUAUUAUUUCUCUGUUUUUAACAGUAACGGGACUGCUCGGCACCGAAAAAGUGAUCUGUAAGGAAGGAAACUUUCGACUGUAUAUUCUAAAUGACGAAAAAUUAGUUUCAGUGAUAAUUGAAAAAAAAGAACAAGCGACGGCUGUUCUUUUUCUCUUUGUUUUCUCGAAGUUACUCCCUUGCUUCAACUAUCAAAAAUAAAACAAUCGAAAUAAAAGUGGCUUCGUCAUAGUGCUUCUUACCGUAUUGUUGUUCUUUAAGGUAAAAAAAAUAACAAGAAAAGUGCUGCGACGUCAAGUGCGCGAUUAAUUUUAAUAUUUUUUUCGUUUCUUUGUUCGUUUUUUACUAAUUACUGUCGUGUCCAAUUAAUUAAUGAAUCGAUUACGGGAACAAAAGAGAGACGUACAUUAAUGAUGAUAAAUACAUAGUGACUGAUUGUAAACAGUGAUCGUGCCGUUUGAUAAUAAUAGUAAUAGUCAAAUUCGAAUUGGAUGGUGGCGUUCGAACGUUCGUUGGUGUCCGCCUGUCUCCGACGUGAGAAAAGCCGACUUACCCCCCACCCCGUAUAAAAUAUAAUGACGAAAAAGGUAAAGUGAUCUAGCCAAAGCAUUUAGUUACGUUACGUUAAAACUCGAAGAUAAGGACGAGCUGUAACGGCGAGAUUGGGAAGGGAAGAAUGUGGGAAGGAUACGAUGUUAACCACAUUUACUUUUUUUUUGUCCAAUAAAGAAAAAACAACGUAAAGUUGUUAAAGUCGUGGUCAUAGAAGACAGUGCCACAUUUGCUCUACCCUCCUCUUUCUUUCUCUCUUUCACGUUUGGCCCCUUCAAUACAGGUAGAGGGUAUUAAGUUCGUUAUAUUUUCGAGAAAUAAUUUAAAAGAUAAAAGGAAGAGAAAGGAGAGAAGGAAAGGCGUUGUUUUUAAUUAUUUUGUUAUUUUGUUUGUUAAACAAUGAAGAAAUUAUAAAUAUGUAAAAAAAGAAAUCACGCAUGUAAUAUACAUACAUAAAAAAAAACAAAGAAGUGCAGAACAUAUUUUAUGAAUAAUAAGAAGUGAGUAAGUUAAGCGGCAAAAAUAAUAAAAAAAAUAACGCGAGCUCUGUUCGUUUGCCAAACGUCUCGGCGGAUAAUGUAAAAAAAAAUGAAGACGAGUUUACGAAAACAAAAAGAAAUCAAAAUCCAUAAGGUGCCUGUGUGUGUGUGUGUAUCUAUACUAUAAAACGUAGCAUGCCGUGACCUGUCAACGCCUGCUACAGUAAUAUUAAAUUUUACCAAAUGGGGCUUUAACCACCUAGCAUUUAUGUAUAUUAUCCGAUUAGUAUGUGAUGGCAAAAGUCUUUAACUGUUGCCCAUUUAUAAUCGGCCAUAAAUAAAUAAUUUCAUAACAAUCAAAGCAGAAUAUACCUAAGAAAUAUUUAAUAAUUGUUUGUUUUCGUUUUGUAAACAGUUCUAUUAAUUUUAAUUGUAUUAAUAUCCCACACUCUGAUAUUUUAUUAAAUUUUGCAGCCUCAAUAAGUGUGAAGUAAUUAAUCAAAUUGUAGUCGCCCUGUAUAUAAGAAUUGUCGUUAUAAAGCAAUAAAUUAUACAACAACA